AUCGGCCUAGGCCCGGCCCGGCCCGCGGCGCUCCCGCCGCCCGUGGCCCCAGCUGCCCCCCGGCGGUCCUCCGGGCCCCCCGGUGUCUCCCAGUGCCCUCGGAUCCUUAUAGCUCCCUGCUCUGCUCUCAGCUUCCCCUGUCCCCCGUUCUCCCGUAGCCUCCCGUGGCCACCGCGGUCCCCUCGUUGCUCCCCGUAGCCCCCCGUGGCUCCCCUCCGUGUCCUCGUAGCCCUCCCGGCUUCCCGUAGCCCCCAGCUCCGCUGCCUUUCCUCUCGGCUUCCCCGAUCCCCGGCUCCCCGCCGCCCCCCGUGGCCCUCUCGGUUGCCCCGUCGGUCCCCGUGCCCGCCGCCAUGAGUGAGCUGAAGGACUGCCCGCUUCAGUUCCACGACUUCAAGUCUGUGGACCACGUGAAGGUGUGCCCCCGGUACACGGCGGUGCUGGCCCGCUCGGAGGACGACGGCAUCGGCAUCGAGGAGCUGGACACGCUGCAGCUGGAGCUGGAGACGCUGCUCUCCUCCGCCAGCCGCCGCCUCCGCGUCCUGGAGGCUGAGACCCAGGUGCCGGGACUGCAGCCGGAGGGUUGGCUCCCCGUCCCGCUCCUUCCCGCCGAGGGGCUGGCUGCCGCUGGUCCAUCCCUGCCCAGCGCCGGCUGCGGGACCCGACCAGGCAUCGCUCCCUUCCAGAUCCUGACGGACUGGCAGGAUAAGAAGGGCGACCGGCGGUUCCUGAAGCUCAGCAAGGACCACGAUGUGGGCACCUCUGUCAAGCAUGGAAAGCCCAAGAAGCAGAAGCUGGAGGGCAAAGGGGGCCACGGGACUGGGCCUGGCCCUGGUCGGCCCAAAUCCAAGAACCUGCAGCCCAAGAUCCAGGAAUAUGAGUUUCAGGAUGAUCCCAUUGAUGUGCCUCGCAUUCCCAAAAACGAUGCGCCAAACAGGUUCUGGGCAUCAGUGGAGCCAUACUGUGCUGAUCUCACCAACGAGGAGGUCAGAGUCCUGGAGGAGCUGCUCAAGCCACCGGAGGACGAGGCUGAGCAUUACAAGAUCCCGCCCCUGGGGAAGCAUUACUCCCAGCGCUGGGCCCAGGAGGACCUGCUGGAGGAGCAGAAGGAUGGAGCCCGGGCAGCAGCAGCUGCUGACAAGAAGAAAGGUGUCCUGGGGCCGCUCACUGAGCUGGACACCAAAGAUGUUGAUGCCUUGCUGAAGAAGUCAGAAGCCCAACAUGAGCAGCCAGAGGAUGGGUGUCCCUUCGGGCCCCUGACACAGCGUCUCCUCCAGGCCCUUGUGGAGGAGAACAUCAUCUCCCCCGUAGAGGACUCUCCCAUCCCCGAGAUUGCUGGCAAGGAUUCAGGAGCUGAUGGUGCUGGCACAUCUCCCCGCAGCCAGAACAAGCCCUUCAGUGUCCCCCACACCAAGUCACUGGAGGGGCGGAUCAAGGAGGAGUUGGUGGCCCAGGGCCUGCUGGAGUCAGAGGACCGGCCAGCUGAAGACUCUGAGGAUGAAGUGCUGGCUGAGCUGCGUAAGAGGCAGGCAGAGCUCAAGGCCCUCAGCGCGCACAACCGUGCCAAGAAGCAUGAGCUACUGCGGCUGGCCAAGGAGGAGCUGCACCGGCAGGAGCUGCGGCAGCGCGUCCGCAUGGCUGACAAUGAGGUGAUGGAAGCCUUCCGCAAGAUCAUGGCUGCCCGGCAGAAGAAGCGCACGCCCACCAAGAAGGAGAAGGACCAGGCGUGGAAGACCCUGAAGGAGCGGGAGAGCAUCCUUAAGCUGCUGGAUGGGUAGCAGGGGGAUGAAGAACCCUCGACCAUGGACCUUGGCAGCCAGGGGCAGUGGUUGUGUCCCUGAUGCCUGCACCCUGCCAGCGUGAGACAGGGGGAUUCAGCCCCCCCACAUAGGACAGGUCCUGGCUGCUGUCUUUUCCCCAUAUGGGGUUGUCACUGACCCGGGCUGGGGACCCCACAGAGGUCCCUCACAGGAAUGUCCCCACUGCCACGGCCAGCACUUUCGACCCCUGUGUUCCUUUGUUAUUCUGGAAAAGUGACAUCAGCAGGGAUGGGGGAAGAUGUGGUGGCUCCCACAGUGCCACAUCCCUCCCCUCGGGGGGGAGCCCGUCUACCACAGACGGAUGGGUGGGGAGCAGCUGGGGGGGGGUGUCUCCGUGUACCGCUGUUUUCUGCUGCUGUGCGUGGGCAAUAAAGAGAUCCUGGUG